UGUCUUCCUACCAGUAAGCAGGGUAUGAAACAGGGAGAAGGCAAAGGACAGAUAUGAAUGUGCUCUCAAGAUUUCCUGGUGGUUUAUCGCUUUCCCUAGACUCCUGUGCAAGGGGUACUGCUGACCCAGAAGACCCAAGGAGACUGUCUCCAAAACCAAGUCCAGAUGAAGAGCUAAGAGAAAAAAAGUGAAUAUGGUUUUUGCUCACAGAAUGGAUAACAGCAAGCUACCUUUGAUUAUUCCUACACUUCUGGUGCCCCUCCAAAACCACAGCUGCACUGAAACAGCCACACUGCUGCCAAGCCAUGACCUGGUGGAACUCUAUGAGCACAGUUGGAAAAGCAACAGAACAGAUCUGCAGUACGGACUGACGCCCGGGAAAGUAGCCACAGCCAGCGUUUUCUUUGGGACCCUGUGGUUGUUUUCUAUUUUUGGCAAUUUUUUGGUUUGUUUGGUCAUCCAUAGGAGCAGAAGGACUCAAUCCACUACCAACUACUUUGUGGUCUCCAUGGCAUGUGCCGAUCUUCUCAUCAGCAUUGCCAGCACGCCUUUCAUCCUGUUUCAGUUCACUGCUGGAAAGUGGACACUGGGGAAUGCAAUGUGUAAGAUUGUGCGAUACUUCCAGUACCUCACCCCAGGUGUCCAGAUUUAUGUCCUUCUCUCCAUCUGCAUAGACCGGUUCUACACCAUUGUCUAUCCCCUGAGCUUCAAGGUAUCCAGAGAGAAAGCCAAGAAGAUGAUUGCUGCAUCGUGGAUCUUUGAUGCAAUCUUUGUGACCCCAGUGUUCUUCUUCUUUGGCUCCAACUGGGACAAUCAUUGUAAUUAUUUCCUCCCUUCCUCUUGGGAAGGAACUGCCUAUAGCGUCAUCCACUUCUUGGUGGGCUUUGUGAUUCCAUCUGUCCUCAUAAUCUUAUUUUACCAGAAGGUCAUAAAGUAUAUUUGGAGAAUAGGCACUGAUGGCAGAACAGUGAGGAGGACAAUGAACAUUGUCCCGAGGACAAAAGUGAAAACCAUCAAGAUGUUUCUCAUUUUAAACCUAUUGUUUUUGCUCUCCUGGCUGCCUUUUCAUGUAGCUCAGCUGUGGCACCCCCACGAGCAGGACUAUAGAAAAAGUUCCCUUGUUUUCACAGCUAUCACUUGGAUAUCCUUUAGUUCUUCAGCCUCUAAACCAACACUGUAUUCAAUUUAUAAUGCUAAUUUUAGGAGAGGGAUGAAAGAAACUUUUUGCAUGUCCUCAAUGAAAUGUUACCGAAGCAAUGCCUAUACAAUCACAACCAGUUCAAGGAUGGCCAAAAAAAACUACGUUGGCAUUUCAGAAAUCCCUCCCACGGCCAGAACUAUAACCAAAGACUCAAUCUAUGAUUCAUUUGACAGAGAAGCCAAGGAAAAAAAGCUUGCUUGGCCCAUUAACUCAAAUCCACCCAAUACUUUUGUCUAAUUUCUCAGAAUCCUUUCAACUAUUGUUAUGCGUCAGUUAUUAAAAAGCUUUAACUAUAAAAACAGAAGCUAUUUACCAUUUUUCCCCACUCAACUUUCUGAGAAAAAUGUGUUAUUUUGUAAAAUCAAUUUGGUGAUCAUAAUCUUUUGUGGUUUUUUUCUUUUCAUUGCUUGUUUUAGGGGAAGCUAUUUUAAACGACAACAGUCCAUUUAAUAUAUUAGCUGCAUGGAUUAAAAAGAAAAUGCUUUUCUCCUUUUUAUUUACCAUUAGGUCCAAAUAGCAUAAACCGUACACACACAC